AGCGUUCGCUUGGUGCUAGGUAAUUUAUACAUGAAGAGCAGAUAAUAUUCAUGGCACAGAAGUGCAUUGGCUACUCUGGCGCUCAUAAGCGGCGUGGCGUGCCCGGGAAAACCCUGCACGGCUAGCUACCUUGGGCCAGACCUUUGGUGCUGCCUUGUCGCAUGCGUUGCAAGUCUAGCCGGCGCCGCAAAACGUCAAUUCGUUCGUGCAAGGAAACUAGUUAACUCUUGUCCACUGGCGGUUGAAGCCACUCGAUGGGCGUGAACCCAGGAUAGGACGUUUGUGCGAGGGUUUUUAUCCGCCCAGCGCUUUCCACACCUAUCUACACUUACUGCAUCAGUGUCAUACUGCAUCAGUGGCAGCGCAUGAGCUUAGGGACAAGCCGCUUAUCCUCGAGCGGACCGUCGACCGGUGCUACGACGACCAGUUGCUAUCUGGCUGUCGCGCGCGCUGCCCAAGCUUGCCCCAGGGCACUUGUUCCCAUCUUACUAGGACAUAUGGCGUGAUCCGCGAGCAAUGUGGCCACUCAUCGACAUGCAGUUGCUUUUCCUGUGCUUACUGAUGCCGCCUGCUGGCAGCUACGCCGUCAAGUACAUCUACGGCGGCCCCCACGCGGCGGAUUUCAUCACCAUGGACCUGUGCCUCAACCUCAUGCUCACACUGCUGGGCUUCGUGCCGGGCCAGCUGCAUGCGGUGUACUUGCUUGCUCGGCACAAGCGCUUGCGCUUGGCCCUGGCAAUGGAGAUGCUGGUGCUGCAGGCCAUGCAGUUACUGGUGGAGGCGGCGGGGUUGCGGCUGUCGGAGCGCGUGGCGGACCGGCUGCAGCGGCGGGGCCAGCCACACGGGCCGCAGCAGGGGCAGGCACAGGGGCAGGCACAGGGGCAGGGGCGGCAGCAGCCGCAAUCUGGACAGGAGCAGGGGCAGCAGCGGCACUGGCAGGGGCAGGGUCUGGGACAUGGACAGCAGCAGACAGUGCGAAUGAGCACACUACAGCGUCAGGAUGCCGACGAGGAGCCCGCUGAGGAACAGGACGGUGGGCAGCAGCAACAGGCGCAGGACCAGGCGGAAGCUCAGAUGCAUCAGAGAGAGCCCCCGCUGGUCCGCCAUCGCGAUACGGACGCAGUGGAAGUCACAGGUGACAGAUAGAAAGGACAGAUGACAGAUAGAAAGAACACGCAAGGGCUUACAUGGUUAACGCAUGUGAAGGUCUGGUGGGAAGAUAUCAUAUAUGCCAGUGCACGCGCGCUUGCUUGUAUCAACGUACCUACAACCCCAGCAGUGAUCGAAAGGCCAAUGACGUUCAGAGCGCCAAGCAAGGCUGGGUGUCGGGCUGCCACUAUUAAAGAUCAGUCAAUCAUUGACUGUGAACUAUGCGAACCGUGCACUGCUCAAUAAAAGAGCCAAAUCAGAAUGGGGGCUGCGCAGAUACUGUGUACCGUACCAAACGGGAUCCCAGUGCAUGCCAUGUAUGCUUGGCUGGAGGUGGUGGGGCCCACGUACGGCUGAUGGAGCAGGUUGGGACCAACAUUCUUACGUUCGGACUGGCCCUGCUGUGGCGAUCAAAGCGCCAGUAGACGAUAUGGGUGCUGGCUUUCAGACUGCACACAUUGCCCUUCAUGUCCACACAAUGAUGUCCUGUUUACCGUACCCUGUGAUGUUGUGACACUUCUUCGGUGCACCCAGGUAUGCAGUUCCUGUAAGGGGAGGAAAUAACGGGUGAGGGUGAUGGCAUUAGGGAUGGGGAGGUUACUUCGGGUGGUGUAUUCCCAGUUCCCAGACGGCAUUCAGCCAUAAUGUUGAGGAGACGAGAUGUAAAGAUGGGGUAGCAAUGGCGCGUUUGUAUGAGGUAUGCCCUUGGCAGUGGCUCAGGUUUGCUUGUCACGCGCAGUCCUCACGGGAGUUAUCGGGAGCAGCAGUCAGGGGGGGGGGGUUAGUUUCGACUGGGAAAGGCCCCAUGCUCUAAGAAGGAAGAGCUUGACGAGGGGAUUCCAAAUCCACUUUCAGAGUUUCAACCAGGGUAGUAAUUGCAAAGUU